CUUUGCUAGGUUUGCCGAAAUAGGGAGCCAAAGCAGCCCUUUAGGAGUCUCUCCUACUCUUUCUCCUUCUCUUUCUCUUCCAUUCUUUCGUCUUUUUCCGAUCCCACUCUCUUUCAAAUCUUCAACUCCAAGGAAGCAGCAAAAAUUCGGAAGAAAUGCCGACUUCCAGAGCCAAAUCUAGCAGUCCGCUCGUGACGAUGAACGGAUGUGCAUUCCGCAGAUCCGUUUCCCCUAACGGCAGGCUCGGCUCUGCCUAUUCCCGUCCGUCGCCGUCUUCAUCCUUCUGUUCGACCUCCGCGGCGUUCUCUUCGCCGUCGUCGGGCUUCUUUACCAGGUCCUCGUCGCCGACGAGGGUUAAUCUUUACGGAUCGGCGCCAGCCGCGCACUCCGUGAGGUUUUCCCUUGACAGGUCGAAGUCGCCGAGCCGAUCGCUCACCGGGAUGACGGUGUCGUCUCACCGGGACACGGCCGUCAAGAAGCAGAACCAGAUACCGUCUCCGCCGCCGAGAAGGACGUGCAUGUGCUCGCCGACUACACAUCCGGGGUCCUUCCGCUGCAGCCUGCACAAGAACACGGGGCCGCCGUCGAACCGGCUCGACGCGAGGAGGUCGUCGAUGACGAACUCGCUCGUCCGGAUCGGCACGGUGGAGGGCGAGUGGGUGAGGAGGGCUCUAGCCGCCCUCAUCCGCCCGUCGUCGCACCAGCAGAGGAGGAGGGCGGGCUUUCAGCCGCGCCCCAGCCGGCUUUCGAUCAUGUCGAAAGCCGAAGAUUUAUCGUGAGAAAAAAAGGUGUGUAAGAAAAAAUUUUGUCCUCCUCUAACCCCCUAACCUUGUCGUGUGACGCCGGUAAUUAUAGAUCCGGCCGUUCUCCGCCCGAGCCUGAGGAAGUCCGCUGGAUCCCCCAAGGAGGCAAGACGAACAGGUUGCGGCCCAGGCGGACGCCAUUGCUUUGCUCUCAGUUUUUGUGUACGGGUGAUACAGACAGAAAGAAGGACGCGAGCGUCCUCUGUACAUAAUCAAGAUCUUAAUAUUCUUUAAAAUC